AUGUUGAAAUUUCGAAGUAUUUGUACUACUUUAAUCGGUGGCAAGGUUUACAAUAUUAAUGGGAAGACGAUAAGAGAAGAGAAAUUAAUUUCUGAGGGAGCGUAUUCAUUUGUUUAUAUGGCGAAGGAUUUAAACACGAAUCGAGCUUAUACUAUAAAGAAGACCAUAUGUCAAGAUAAAGAGAAAAUAGAUAUGGCGAAUAAAGAAAUCAACAUUCUUAAAAGUUUACCUCCACAUAAAAAUAUAGUACAAUAUUAUGGUUCCACUAUUAUUUCUGAGAAUAAUUAUAAAAUUGUUAUUAUGUUGAUGGAGUAUUGUGAGAGAGGAAAUUUAUUAAAUAUUUUUCAAAAAAAUAAAGACAAGAUUAAAGAAAUUCACAUUGUAAAUAUUUUAAAAGAUAUAAUUACCGGUUUAUGUUUUUUACAUAAUCAAGAAAUCCCUAUUAUACAUCGUGAUAUUAAAUUAGAAAAUAUUUUAUGUGAUAAAAAUGGUGUAUAUAAAAUUUGUGACUUCUGUUCACAUUCUAUAUCAAAUUCUUUCUUUCCAAAUGAUUUAAGUAAAUCAGAAUUAUCUAAUUUGAAAGAAGAAAUUGAGAGAGAUACCACAUUAAUAUAUAGACCUCCCGAAUUAAUUGAUUUAUAUUCUAAUUUUGAAAUAUCUUGGAAAAUUGAUAUAUGGAUGGUUGGUUGUAUUUUAUAUCUACUUCUUUUUAAAAUCCAUCCAUUUCAAAAUAAUAAUUUUUUAUCCAUUAUUAAUGCUAGUUUUACUAUUCCAUAUUGUACGAAAUAUUCCAAAAGAAUUAUUUCUAUUCUUCUGAUGACUCUUAAUAAAAAUCCUCAAAAAAGAAUUGAUACCUCUACUCUUUUAUUUAUCCUUGAAAAUUAUGCAGACCUCAAAAAAUGGUUUGUGCAUAUUCCCGCAGAUAUCAAAAAGAGGGUUAACCAAAUUUUUGAAAAAAUGAAUGAACUUAACAUGAAUAAUAAACACACUGAUCUUAUCGAAGUUAGUCAUGAAAAGCUGAUCGAUGUUAAAAUAUCUUCACAAAAAUAUGAAACCAACCUUCCGAAGAGUAAUAAUAAUUUCCUCAAGUUUUUUACAACCAGUAAUUUGAGUGGUGAUAUUUUUAAGAAAAAAAUCGAAAAGGAGGAAACUAAAAAAGAAAUCAAGCAAGUAGGCAACAAGCAAGUGAGCGAAACAGAAAAGGAACCAAAGGAUAAAUUGGAAAAUAAUCCAGAUGGUAAUAAAUUACAAAAUGAUAAAGAUAGUGGUAAAUUACAAAAUGAUAAAGAUAGUGGUAAAUUACAAAAUGAAAAAGAUAGUGGUAAAUUACAAAAUGAUAAAGAUAGUGGUAAAUUACAAAAUGAUAAAGAUAGCGGUAAAUUACAAAAUGAUAAAGAUAGUGGUAAAUUACAAAAUGAUAAAGUUAGUGGUAAAUUACAAAAUGAUAAAGAUAGUGGUAAAUUACAAAAUGAUAAAGUUAGUGGUAAAUUACAAAAUGAUCGAGAUGGUAAUAAAUUACAAAAUAAUCAUAUUAUUGAUUAUACAGAUAAUAAAAUGGAUAACGAUAAAAAGAAUAAAUCUGAUGAAAUAUCAGAAAAUAUUACAAGUUCAGGUGAUAAACAAAAUUCUGUACCUGACCAGUCAGAAAAUCAAUCAAAAAGUCAUUCAUACAAUUUAAUAAAAAUUCAAUCGAAAGAUACAUUAAUUAUUGAUCAUGUAGAUCGUGAUUUUCCGAGUGAUAAAACGAAUACAGAUUUUUCUUUUCAAGAUACUUUAUGUGAAUUUGAAAAGAAGUGUAUGAAUAAUUCUUCCAAUUAUUCGAAUGAUAAAAAGGUAGCAGGAGAUAUUAAAAAGGAUGAUUGUUCCGUAAAUAUUCAGGUUGUAAAUAAUAAUAAUGAUGUGUGUCAUAAUGAUAUGAAAGAUGUUAAUGAAUGCACAAAUUUGUUAAACCUUGAUGUAUUCGAAUAUGAGAACGAAACGAAUGAUUCUAUAAAGAAAAUAAAUGAUGGUGAUUUUAUAAAACAAAGUGGUUGCGAUUUUAUAAAACAAAAUGGUGGUGAUUUUAUAAAACCAAACGAUAGUAAUUGUAUAUUCGCCGAUAUCAAUUUCAAUAACGAUAUCAAUUUAAAUAACGAUAUCAAUUUAAAUAACGAUAUCAAUUUCAAUAACGAUAUCAAUUUAAAUAACGAUAUCGAUUUCUUUGAUGUGAUCCAAAAUCAUGAUUUAAAAAAAAAGGAAGACGUUUUAAAUAUAAAUAGAAAUAAUGAGCAUGAUAAAAACGCAAUAACUUGUAGUAACGAAUAUUAUAAUUUGAGUUUAUUUUACGAUCCUUGGAAUAAUAAUACAAAGGAUAAUCAUUUCUUUGGAGAUGAUGAUUAUAAUGUAAAUAAAAGUUCAUUUAUUUUUAAUAAUGAUUUGUUCGAUAAUUAUGAAUUGUGUACAAAUAAUAAUACAGAAAAGAGUACUCAUCAUGUAAAAAAUAAUUGUAUGGAUAUAAAUAAUAACAUAUUUUCUAAUAAAAAUUAUGAUGAACAUGUAGAUAAAAAAGAAAAAAAUAUUUCAUAUGAUUAUAAUGUGAAGAGUCAUCCAAUAUAUUCUUCAUAUAAAAAUGAAAAAAGGUGUAAUUUAAAUGAUAUAAAACAAAAUAAUAGUUCUAAAUAUAUUAUGUCAGAUAAAAAUGAUAAGUUUUCAGAGUUACUUGACGAUUUUCAAAAAUGUACGAUUAAAUGA